GUGGCGGUAAGCCCUAACGUGUCCAACCAUACAGUAUGUAGCUACAGAAAAAGCUCAGUAUCGUAAAUAUUAAUAAUGUGAUACUAUUUUCGCAACGAGAAAUAUUAAGGAAUCUACACUAGACGUUAAUGUGCUCACGUUUAUUAUUUUGGACAACUGAUGGAUGCUAUCAAACACAAAUCCUUGUGUAUUAAGGGUUUUGAGGUAACGGUUGGGUAACGUUACUUUCUUUUUCUCUAAAUGUCACAGAAGGACGACUCUGAAAAUGAUAUUUGGGAGUAUAAACCUCUUGAGAAGAAAAAGAAGAGACACGAAUCACCGUCUGCGACUGUGAUAAAGAGAAGAUGUACUGAGAAAACCCCAAAGAGAGACUCUGUCAAGUCACGUGGCACGAAAGUGAAGACAGCUGAAAGUGGAGAUUGUCGUACUGUUGCUAACGGAAAUAGUAGUUUAGAGGCACAUAAUCGGCCCUCAAAGCCAUCUACUAGUGACUCAGUGCAAACAGAGAACACUGCUGAUGAAGGACCAUCCUCUGGAGACUUCUGCCCCAUGUGUCAGAUGCCCUUUUCCAUUUUAGUGGUGCAGACUCAAAGAUGGCAUGUUGCUGAAUGUUUUGACACCCCCAGGGACACAUGCAAAGAAUGUCCAGAUGGCCUCCAGUGCUUAUCCACCAUUCCUAACCAUUAUAAGAAAUUCAACCACACCUUCCUGGCCCAAUGUCGAGCAAACGGUGACACAGCGCUCCUCAGUCUGUCCCAGCAGGCAGGGAAGACAAGCCUCAGUUGUCUCCCAUCACUGAUAAACAAUGAGGUGGAUGGCUCCGUCUUAGAGACUUCACAUGAUAGCACUCUCAGUCUUUCCGUCUUAUCCAAUCAUAGUGUUUCCCCUCACAUUAACCUCACUGGAACACCUCCAUCCAAACGUACAAAUGGACUUCUGUUUCUGCGCUCACCUGGCCCAGAGGAUCUUAAGAAAAAGAAAGGCUGGUCGUCCUCUACUAAAAGCCAAAAGUCUAUCAGUGCUUCCCAAGAAAGUAGAACAGCGCUUUCAUCCACUCCUGUCAAGGAAGAGAGAGGACGACAAGCUUGUGAAGUUUUAACCAAAAGUGAAGCUUCCCCUGACAGCGAUGACACAAUAUCCUACUCUCCUCUUUCUGAGUUCCUUGCAGAGACUGAAUCCGAUAGUAGGGACUGUCGAAAAGCUCUUUUUGAAAAUGAUGCGCUUGAAAAUGAGGCUGAAAACUCAAUGGUGCUGUUCAGUGACAGUUUCUCAAGUGAAGAUGAGCUCUUCACUCAGUUUAUAGAUCAUUUAGAAACCAAUACUGUGCAGGUAGAGACGCCUGAUUCCUUAAACUCCCAGCUGGAGUCAGUUACCUCAUUGCCGCCCACUAAUCAGCUAGAUUUAGGUAAUUGUACUAGUGGCGUCAAUCCGCGUAAAAGCAGCAUCCAGUCUCCUCAAAGUAUUGUUUUAGAGCGCCUGAGAGAAACUCUUCUAAGCUCAGAUCAGAACCUGCAUUUGAAAGACUUGCAUGACAGCAGUAUUCAAGUGGCUUCAUCACAAACCUCCAUUGUCCAAGGAUCUCAAACCACGUCGCCACAGAAGGGCCAGAUCAAGGCAGGUCAGGCCCCCGGUCUGAAGCAGACAGACAUCGGGGUGUUUUUUGGCCUCAAACCUCUCAAGGUGAAGGAGAAAGAGGCUGAGAGUGGACCAAAGCAACUCAACGCCACCUCUGUUCCAAGUCUUGGUGAAAACUCAGGACAGAGACAGCCGAGGAGGGACAGGCAAAGGAAAAGUAAGGCUGACACGACUGCAGAUACCUCACAGGACACAGCGGCUGCAGGCAAUAGUAAAGCUGCGGGCGCUCGGGGAGAAGCAGGAAGAGGUCGGACCGGAGGAUGGAGAGGAAGUAGGUGGAACAGAAGGAACGCUGAUGGAGAAAUAGAGUUACCACGUUGUCCCUUCUACAAGAAGAUUCCAGGCACAAAGUUAGCCAUAGAUGCCUUUCAGUAUGGAGAGAUCCCGGGCAUCGCUGCCUACAUCCUUACACAUUUCCACUCGGACCACUAUGGAGGGUUGACCAAGAAGUCCACAUUGCCAAUCUACUGUAACAGAAUCACAGGGAACCUGGUGAAGAGCAAACUGAGGGUUGCAGAGCAGUACGUCCACAUCCUUCCCAUGAACACCAGGGUCACCGUGGAGGGAGUCUCGGUCAUCCUCCUGGAAGCCAACCAUUGUCCAGGAGCUGCCAUGCUGCUGUUCUUCCUGCCUGACGGAGAGACAGUCCUCCACACGGGAGACUUCAGAGCUGAUCCCUCAAUGGAGACGUACCCUGAGUUACUCAGCUGCAGGGUGCAGACGCUUUACUUGGACACCACCUACUGCAGCCCCGAGUACACCUUCCCCAGACAGCAAGAGGUCAUCAGCUAUGCAGCCAACACAGCCUUUGAACUGGUGACGCUCAACCCACGUACACUUGUGGUGUGUGGAUCUUACUCCGUGGGAAAGGAGAAGGUCUUUCUGGCGCUGGCCGAGGUCCUGGGCACCAAAGUGUGUCUCACUAGAGACAAAUACAACACCAUGUGCUCUCUGGAGUCGGAGCAAGUCAGACAACGUAUAACCACCGACUGGAAGGCAGCCCAGGUCCAUGUGCUGCCCAUGAUGCACCUCAACUUCAGAAAACUGCAGGAUUACUUGGCACGCUUCUCAGGAAAGUAUGAUCAGCUGGUGGCCUUCAAGCCCACAGGCUGGACCUUCAGCCAGCAGGUGGAAUCAGUGGAAGAUAUUCAGCCUCAGAUCAGUGGCAACAUCUCCAUAUAUGGAGUCCCAUACAGUGAACACAGCAGCUUUCUGGAGCUGAAGCGUUUUGUCCAGUGGCUUCAGCCCCUGAAGAUCAUCCCGACAGUCAACAAUGGCAGCUGGGAAAGCAGGAAGGCUAUGGAGAAGUGCUUUUGUGAGUGGCUCGUGGAAACUAAACCUAAACCGUAGCUCAUUUACAGGUGAACUUUGUUCGCAGAUGGACUGAAAAGACUAUUAAUUCUCAACACUGCAUGACCAUGGGGAAGAAAUACAUUUGAACAGUACUAAUUGUAUUACUUUUAAUUAAUUUAAUUAAUUAAUGCUACCUCAGACUGUUGCGCUGAUAACACUAGCAUUUCAAUGGCGAAAAGGUUCAAGUAUACGCUCUUGAACCGAAUUAUUAUGAAGGUUCUGCUCUUAUCCACAAUGGCUGAAUUAAAAUAACUGACAACUCUGAAAGCUGUUUUCUGAGGUCGUACACGUAUCAUGUCUACAAUUAGACCUGUGUCAUCCAGAAGUAUUAUACAAUAGAACUGAAUUAAUUGGAUGUGUUCACCUCCUGCUGUGGCAACCUCCACCUUUUUACCCUCUUUUGUCAACACUAUUCAGUAAAUGUACUGCCAGUGCUGCUUUGAAAAUGUACAAUUUCAUAAUUACCUGUAUUGGUUUUCUAUUAAAUCAACAUUUUUAUGCUGGAAAGAAAUGUUUUAAAUUAUUUGAACACUUUUCCUUUGUUUUUCACUUUUUG